AUGCUCCUCAGAGCAGCUGUGCGGCGGCUUCGGUCGCCGGCCAUGGUACCGACCGUUCAGCGAACGACGGCAGCCAUUGCAAGAUCUACCAUUGGCGGCACAUCUUCUACCUCUUCGGCCCUCCGCCCGGCACUCUUCUCGACGACCGCUCUCCUAGCCCAGGGCCGCUUCACCCCGCCAAGCAGCGACGAGACUACACAAUCGCAGCAGCAGCCGUCUCCACAACAGUCCUCGUCCAGUCCAGCAGAGGCCAAGCCGCCGAAUCAACAACCCAAGUCUACAAAGGAUGCAGCAGCUGAAGAACAGCCACCAAAGAUUGACCUAUCGCAGCUACCAGACCUGACGCAGGGCAUACCGUCGACGCUCGAGCACGAGACCGCCGGUGCGAUGAACAAAGCCUCCUUGGCGCCCUUUGAGGAGGAGACUGCCGCCGGUGCUGGUGGUGCAGGUGGGCCGGGUGGCCCUGGUGGCCGCGAGAAGGGUGAGCUUCCGGCGUCGGCAUACGUCUCUUCGUCGGAGAAGCGGCGCCAAAAGGUGGCCAACUACAUGUUUGCGGGUGCGUUCGGCCUCGCUGUUGUGGGUACCGUCUAUGCCGGCCGCAACUGGGAUGAGGAGGACGCGCGGCGGCACCCGGACGUCCCCAACGGCUGGGGUUUGGGUCUGUGGUGGAACCGCGUGUCGACGCGGACAAAAGAGGUGCUGUCGUACUACCACGAGCCUGCCUUCGAGAAGCUGCUGCCGGAGCCCGAUCCGGUUUACGGCCGGCCCUACACGCUGUGCAUUUCCCUCGAGGACAUGCUGAUCCACAGCGAGUGGACGCGCGAGCACGGUUGGCGCAUUGCCAAGCGCCCCGGCGCCGAUUACUUCUUGCACUACCUCAGCCAGUACUACGAAUUGGUGCUGUUCACGACGCUGCCUUUUGCCAUUGGCGAGCCGAUGGUGCGCAAGCUGGAUCCCUACCGCUUUAUUGUCUACCCACUCUUCCGUGAGGCCACCAAGUACAAGGACGGUGAAAUUGUCAAGGACCUGUCAUACCUCAACCGUGACCUGUCCAAGGUGAUUAUCAUCGACAGCAACGCCAGCCACGUCCGCGCCCAGCCCGAAAACGCCAUUGUGCUGCCCAAGUGGGAGGGCAACCCCAAAGACACAGACCUCGUGGCCCUCAUCCCCUUCCUCGAGUACGUUUACACGAUGCAGUACGGCGAUGUGCGCAAGGUGCUCAAGUCCUUUGAGGGCAAGGACAUCCCCACCGAGUUCGCACGCCGCGAGGCCAUUGCGCGCGCCGAGUUUGAGAAACAACUGGCGAGCCAGCGCCGUGGUCGGCCGAAGCAGGGCAGCGGCGGUGGCAUUGGCGGCCUCGGCGCCCUCCUGGGUCUCAAGUCAAACAACAUGAGCGUCAUGGUCCCCGCAGACGGCGAGCUCAACGUGGCCGAGCAGCUGGCGCAGGGCAAGAUGCUGCAGGACAUUGCGCGCGAGCGUGGUCAGAGGACGUACGAGAUGAUGGAGAAGGAAAUCCGCGAGAACGGUGAGAAGUGGCUCAAGGAGGAGGCGGCCAUGCAGGAGAAGAUGCAGCAGGAGGCCAUGCAAAACAUGAAGCAGUCAUUUACCGGUUGGUUUUUGAGCUCGGGACAGCAGGCCCAACAGUCUCAACAGGCCCAGCAGGCGACUCAGCAGGCGGCAAGUGAGGGCACAAAAUAG